AUGCCACCAAAAGGAAGCGGUAAGAAGCCUGCGGCUUUCCCCCAGGCCACUUCUAAGUCGGCUGCGGCGAAGAAGCAGAAGAACCCUCUCAUCGAGAAGAGGCCCCGCAACUAUGGCAUCGGCCAGGACAUCCAGCCCCAGCGCAACCUCGGCCGCAUGGUCCGAUGGCCAGCCUACGUCCGCCUUCAGCGCCAGAAGAAGAUCCUCAACAUGCGCCUGAAGGUCCCUCCUUCCAUCGCUCAGUUCCAGCACGUUGCCGACCGUAACCUCGCCACCCAGUCCUUCAAGCUCCUCAACAAGUACCGCCCCGAGACCAAGGCCGAGAAGAAGGAGAGGCUCACCAAGGAGGCCACCGCCGUUGCCGAGGGCAAGAAGAAGGAGGAUGUUUCCAAGAAGCCCUAUGUCGCCAAGUACGGUCUGAACCACGUUGUCGGCCUCAUUGAGAACAAGAAGGCUUCGCUCGUCCUCAUCGCCAACGAUGUCGACCCCAUUGAGCUCGUCAUCUUCCUGCCAGCUCUCUGCCGCAAGAUGGGUGUCCCAUACGUCAUUGUCAAGGGCAAGGCCCGUCUCGGUACGGUCGUCCACCAGAAGACCGCUGCCGUCCUGGCCCUGACCGAGGUCCGCUCCGAGGACAAGAACGAGCUCCAGAAGCUCGUCACCGCUGUCAACGACGGUUACCUCGAGUCACACCACAAGGAGGCUUCCCGCCACUGGGGUGGUGGUAUCAUGGGUGCCAAGGCCAACGCUCGCAUGGAGAAGCGCAGGAAGGCUGUUGAGAACGCCAUCAAGAUCUAA